AUGCCAUUCUCCAAGCGCAUGGAGGAGCUCCUCAAGGCCAAUCGAACCGGGUCUAAAGCCCCUCGACUCAACAGUAUCUAUGGUGGCUGGUACCACGCCCCCAACGGAGAACGCUACUUCGGACUCGGCCGCGUGCAGGAGGUUGGGACAACACACGAUGGCGGAGUCUACGUGAGAUCCGAGCCAGUGUCCAAGCCAGUGUCCAGCAUUCCAGGCACCAGGUGGGCCUUUUUCGAUCCAUUUACCGACGAAGACAUGCCCAAAGAGCAAUACCCUGAUCGCGAGCGGCAAUACCAGGAAAGCGAAGAAAAGUACCCCAAGCGCCAGACCAGGGACCGCUACAAAACAGCCGAAGGCCUGAAAGUCGGCGACGUGGCUUAUGGCUCCUACUUCUCUGCUAAUCGAAUCAGGCACUUUGGGAUUGGACGCAUUGUCCAGCCCUGGCUCGAUGCAGAGGGCAAGUUCCUCAACGAGUACUUCGUGGAACCGAUGCGGGGCGGCUGGGCCUUCUGGGAGUUCUAUGCGCUCAACGACAUGCGGCCGGAGUCACACCCGCGAUCCGCAUACUCCGGAAGCGCAGAGACGCAGGUGCGAAGUAAAAAGAAGCCCGGCUACUGGAAGGUCAACACCUACUGGCCUACGGGGACGGGUGGCGGGCCUGGUCUCCCUGACAACGAGGUGCGGUUGGGCGACGAAUGUUCUGGCGCUUACAUUCGGCCAGAUGGGCAGUGGUUUGCUGGGGUCGGCAGGGUUGUUGCCUACGGGCUGGCUUAUGAUUUGGAGGAUGAGCCUACUUUCCAAUGGGUCUACGUUGAGCCUACUGGCAAGUCUGGAGGGGAUUACGACUUUAUCCACCCGGUGACUAGGGAGUAUAUGGAUGAGGUGCCCAGCAAUCCAGUUCCUGGGGUUGCCUAUCCACCGAGCCAGCGUCGAUUGCUGCCUGCUCGCUGGUGCAACCUCCCCGCCAUCCGCCGCAGGCCAGAGAUUGGCUCCGAGUAUCCUGGACGAUACUGCCCGCCCAACGCUCCUGUUACGGACGUCUAUCUUGGUGUCGGCAAGGUGGUCAAGACGGGGGUGACCAAGGAGGGUCGGAUCUGGGUGGAUGUGGUGCCCAUCCCGGGCAAGUCGGGCGGUAAUUACGACUUCUUUGAUCCCUGGACUGGCCUGGAUAUGUGGCAAUGGUACUAUCCUGAGGAUUGUUUGUAA